AUGGCCCGGUUUGCAGCUGGCCUCCUCUGGGCGCUGCUGGGCGCGGCGCUGGGGAGCCGGCUGGAGCCCCCGCUUUUGAAAUCCCUGGGCCUGAGCGCCAAGCCGACCCCCAGGGCCCCGGCGCCGGUGCCCGCCGUGCUGUGGCGGAUCUUCCAGCGCCGAGCGCUGCCUUCCCGCGGGGACACGGCGCCCGGCCGCGCCUGCAGGGUGGAGGAAUUUAAUGUCCCGGGGAACAUCAUCCGUGUCUUCGCUGACCAAGGCCACUUCAUUCACAGUGGGGAGCCCAAGACUUUCCUGUGUCUGGAGAAACGUCUGUACUUUAAUUUCUCUGUGUUGGAGGAGGGGGAGCAACUGACAAUGGCUCAGCUGGAGAUCAACUUCAGCCACAACUCCUAUCACACUUCCAGUGGCAGGCAGGUCUUUGAGCUGCGGCUGUACCAAGCCCUGCAGAUGUCUCUGCGGGGAAUGUCCUCCCACAUGUACAACCACAAGCUGCUGGUGGCGCAAUCCUUCGCGCAGCUGCACAAGUCCCUCCUCUUCAACCUGACCGAAGUGGCAAAGGGCUGGAGAACCCCCAGCAGGAACCUGGGCUUGAUCCUGGAGAUCUCGGUGGGCAGCAGGGACAGCGCCUUGGCCUUGCCGCCCCGAAGGCUGCAGAACCUCUGUGCCAGCAUCGACUCCUUCCUUGACACCUCGCUGUUGGUGGUGUCCCUCAAUCAGAAGCAGUGCCAGGCCUCCAGGAAGAGGCGAAGCUCCUAUUAUACCCCGGUCACUCCAAGCAACCUCUGCAAGCCAAGGCGGCUCUACAUCAGCUUCAGUGACGUGGGCUGGGAGAACUGGAUCAUCGCGCCGCAGGGAUACAUGGCCAACUAUUGCCUCGGGGAGUGCCCCUUCCCACUGACGGCAGAACUCAACAGCACCAACCACGCCAUCCUCCAAACCAUGGUGCACUCCCUUGACCCAGAAGGAACCCCCCAGCCCUGCUGCGUCCCAGUGAGGCUGUCCCCCAUCUCCAUCCUGUAUUAUGACAACCAUGAUAACGUGGUGCUGAGACACUAUGAGGACAUGGUGGUUGAUGAGUGUGGCUGCAGAUAAUGGAGCUGCUGGUCGAGAUGUGAAUAGGGAAUCGAAUGGGUCUCAGAGAACGGUCAACGGUUGGAGUAACGGAUUUUUGGUUGAUGUAAUAGGUCAAAACGUAUUAAAUCUCCUUCAUGUGGGUGGGUAGGGACCCUCCCUUCCAUCCCUUGGUGCAGUUAAUGGCAGAACUACCCCUUUGAUGCAUAGUGGCAAAAUGCAACCUCAAAGGGGAAGCUCUUGACUUCUGGCAUCAAGAGGAUAAUGCAGUUUGGGAUUCUAAUGUGAGGCUGAUUGGCUGGAGGCAUCAGGCUUCCAAACUCCCACCUGCUGGUGGUUUCAUCCACCUGGAGCCUUGCUGGGAACCUGGUGAAAUCUAAUGGUGAUAGUCUGAGCCUCCCCACCUCCCUCCUCAUGCUGCCCCAGUGCUGAGCAGAGGAUGGUGGCACCAGCUUGUCAGUCCCUGCACUCCCCUCCCUGUGCCGCCUUCCUCGGUUCUGACCUGGAGGCACUGGCGUAUGGCUGGAGCUGGUGCCCAUGACAUUGAAGAAUGAGUUCUUCAGUGCCCCAUAGGCCCCGCACCCUUAGCUUGCCCACGCUGGUAGGAACAGCAGCUCUGUCCACCAUUGCUCUAAGGAGCAGCUCAGCUGGAGCCUCAGCUUCUUGAGCUAAGUGGUGUGAGCUUAGCAUGGAUUUAUUUUUCCAGAACAGGAAGACAAUUUGGCUAAAUUCUGCCUUCUUUCCAGUGAGUGAAGAAAUGACCAGGCCUUUCUCCUCCACUGGGCUGCACUGCAACUAAAACAUUACCUCUGCCUGGAGCCUGCUAACGCAUUGCUCUUGAAAGGGCAUUACUGGUACCGGCUAUUAGAUGCCAGGGCAGAGGACGACAGUGGGGCCUGGGGAAGCGAAGUGACUCAGGGUGAAGAGGUAUGUUCUCAGACUGAGAGAACUCUCACUGGAACAUCCUAGCAAUGUAAAACACACCUCUUUGUGGUGAAGACGUAGCCUAAGAGGUCAGGCUCUGGCUUUUGAAUAAUGCAAGAAGCCUGGCUUGGAAAAUUUGGCCUAAAUUUGUUUUUUAAGGAGCCAUCAAUUUUGGGUGUCCAACUUGAUGGAGGGGUGCUGACGUUGCAGGAAAAAAAAUCCCCGUGGCCAAACUAUUUCAAAACAAAUUUAAAGAAUCAAUGAAUUGUCUGUAAAGUAUACGUGUUACCCAUUGAGCAUGAAUCUAGUCGACAGCUGGCAAUCAGGCAGAUGGCUGCAGAAAGCAGUAGAAAGAUGAAUAGACAAGGUCUCCUUUUAAAAAAGUUUUCACCUUGAUUAUUGUCAGAGUUCUCUCAGUAAUAGGGACAGAAAACUAUUCCCCGCCUCCUAAUAAUUAUCUUAGGCUAUGUUGCACUAGAUAAGCAGCCAAUACCUAACCAACAUCCUAGUAAAUGAAUAUGGGGGGUGGGGGUGUAGAGCAGUGGCUUGUGCAAUUAUGUAAUGCACUAGCCUGUCACCCGUGGAGCAGUGAGGACUUGGCUCAGUGAAAGUAGCUUAAGAGUCAUUUUAGCAUGAUUCCAGCUGACUCCAUAAGGGUUUAACACUGUUUGUAGCAGGACCUAUGGCUACUUAAGUUCUUUACUUAUUGCACUGUUGAAACAGAUUGUGCAUGUUAAGGCAUCAGUGGUAUGUCCAAUAGACCUCUUGGACCAGCAAUGGCAUUGUGAAAGGCAGCUCGAGUUUGCUAUAUUCAAGUCAGUUGGGUGAGGACCCUCUCUCUCUCCAACACCUAUGAAUGAAUUGCUGAAGCUGCCUGUCCUUCAGAUGAGAGGUAGGAGAUGAAAAACAGGAAAAGGGAUGACUUCUUAGUACAGAAUUCCACAGGGAUCCUUCACAGCUGCAAUGCUUAGCCUGAAGUCCGGAGGAGCUGGGGCAGUUGAAGUUUUAGUAGGUCUCCACCUACAGUACCAUGAGCCAGCACUGUCUGAAAAUCAAUCAAUCAGUUUAUUAGCUAGGGCCAAGGGAUAGGUGGCUGAGGGAUGGCCUGUUUUCUUCAAAGUGGGAUUCAUGUUAAAAUAAGAUUGGGGGGCUGGGGAAUGUUUGAAGCCUGGGCAAAGUUGCCAGCUCAUUCCAGUCUUUAAAGUCAUCAACCACAGCUGCUCAACUGAAGCCGUCAUGUGACUUGAGUAAUCCCUACCAGUGCAACUUUCCUCCCCUUCCAGCUGAAAACUUCUGAAAUCUCCCCCUUGCACUGAAGUGUUUCUCUGUGACUGAAUUUUAGACAAGUUACCAUAGCAGAACCCCCCCCCCCCCACACACACACCUUCCAAAGGCACCAAGCACUGAACCUCCCCCUCUUCUGGUGUAGCUAAAAGAACAUAGCAGUUGCUAGCUACCGCUACUUUACAAGUCACAGGGCCCUACACUUUAGAUCUGUGCACAGUAGCAACCUCUACGUGUGGAUGUCAAACUGGAGCUCAAAGUAAAGUUUUGCCUUUCAGUGACAAAUACAGGACAAUUAUUUUAAUCGCAGUGUUUUUUUGGGGGGAAGAUAAGCAGCAGCAAGGAAUCUGAAUUAGACUUGGAACUGUUUUUUAAAUGUCAGUCAGAUUGAAACUAGUGGAGACUUGGUUUUUUGUAUCUACCUUGUAAUGUGUCUUGAUAGAAAGGUUUCACUAAGUAUUAACAGGAAAGACCUUUGUCCCUAUGGGGAAACUAAAAGGUUUAUCCACUUAUUUUAAUUAAUUUGCAAAGACAAUGUCCUUUCCCUACCCUACCCAAUGAAUGUGUUGUGCUAAUGGAUAUACCCAAAUCUUUGUUGAACGGGAGCAAGUAAGGCUGAGCACUUUAAGGCUACCACAGUUCCACACAGGUGACCUACUAUUAUGCACUAACAUUUUCAGGUACCCUCUGCACCACAGUUUAGGAAGCUAACUGAUGCACAGACAUAGGCUACUGUGGUGUUCUAAGACAUUUUACCCCCUAUUAUUCUGUACAGUGAAAAAGAACUACAUCAAAAUCUAGCAUCUAAUUCCUUUAUUAAAUGUUUGAUGCUAGUCAGAUUAGUGACUAUGGUUUAUAAGAACUACCAAUUACUCAAAUUUAUAAAAUAUUUAAGAUGUGGCUAGCCACUUGAGUUUAAGAAAUCUGUCAAUUUCUUCUGAAAAAAAACUAGAAAGUAACAGUGACAGGCUCAAAAAUCUGAUCGGCUAGUGUUUUUCUUUUUAAAUACUUACCCUCACCUCUUAAUGUGGAGUUAACUCUUGGAAUUAAACAAACUUGAAUUUCUAAGAAAGAAAAGGGAUUUUAGCUUUUGUUAUACUGAAUGUUUUGAAAAAUUAGUCUACAGCAGAUUAAGGAACUCAAAGCUCAGUUCAUUUAGGCCACCUUGUGAGGGAGGUUUUUGCUUUCCAUCUAAAUCUUCACUUGCAUUUACCAAAGCACAAAAAGAGAUGGAUUAAUGGGCUCUGUCCUAUCCACUGUGCAGUCCAAACAAUUAGAGGAUUCUCACGCUAGCAGGGAAAGAGCUAUAACCAUGUGCAAUACUUUGUGGACCAGAGUGGACACAUGAAAUAACUACUUCAGUGAUCACAGCCCCUGUGAAGAUGCCAGUGCACUAACAUGAAGUAUGCUCACAACAUCAGCAGCCUGCUAAACUAAGCUGAGCUUGUGCUUCAGUCAGAAAGCAGCGUGAAAAAGUUUACUGUAUUUGUACCUUAAAUAGUGCUACUUUCAAAUGCUUGCUGCACCAAAUGCAGUUGGUGGUGUCAAGACUGGGCCUAUCAAUCUAAACUAUUAAGUCAGCAUGUGUGUGUGAGCUGAACUUUUUAUUAAAAGGACUUAUUCAGUUACUAUGUUGUCUCAGAUUUACCAUCAGAGCCAUGAUCAGAGCAAAUCUGAGUUUUGAUGAGUGACAGCUGCCCACUAAACAUGCAACUUGAAAGGGGGUCAGAUGAAAGCCUUAAAAGGGUCUUGCCAUUACUUCCAAUGGGUUUUAUGCAAGGAAGUAUUCCCAGCCUGGAAGAAGUAAGCUCUAGCCAUCAAUAUUAAAAAAAAUCAAGCUCCUCUAACAGCCUUUCAUAAAAAGGGGAACUGAUUACUGCCAUAUAACCUCUAUGUAACAUCAAUGCAUGGGCACAGAAUGCCUCAGUGGGUUUCUAAACAUUCCUAUGGCAUGCACAUCUGGACAAGACCCAAAGGAGGGGGUACAGGUGGGGUACUUACCUUUAACAAACUUUUCACAGUUCAUUUGCUUAUCCAUGUAUGCUAUAAACACACCACACUUUUGUACUAGUAUGUGUUAAAAUGUAAUAAACUUGAAGUUUAUACAAUCAAA